UUUCGUCACAGCAAUGGAGUGAUGUGCUCGUUUCCCUUCACCCGAAUGAAUAAUCAACGCAAAACAGCAAGUACUUUGCAUCUUACCGAGUGUGAAAGUUGAAUUCGCUGGCUGCGGAUUGUAAAGCCACAUCACUCAAACUUGGCACUUACCGUUCAGGCGACAAUCGACUAUUUUUGAGGCGGCGCUGGCCUGCUGGAAUGGAAACGUCGGGUGAGCGAAGCGUUGCUGGCUAAAUCCUUGAUGAUUCGGUAUCCCUUGGUGAUUUUUGCCUUUAGGAAUGCUCAUGGCAGCAUAUAUUGUCGUACGUUUGAAGUCCUCAUACAAGGACCUUUCGUUUCGCAAGUGAUAUUUCGAAUUAACUCCUGGAAAAUUGAGCAAUGUAUCGAAGUGACACUGGUGUUCCGAGCGAAUAAAAUCAUUUAAUUACAAUGACGAGGCACUAUAGACACAAACAAUUGGUUAUUUAUUUAAUUUUUAACGAAUCCUUGGUACCUUAACACAAUCUUGUUGGAGAUCUCUUCGUGAGUUUCCGUGAGUCAUUCGUGAACCCUCGCUAGUAGAUGCAAGGGGUGAGAGGAUUCGCACCUGUGAAGCGGUAUAGAAAUACCCUUGAUUUUCAACUUUUUUGACUGUUUUAUCAGAAGUGAGACGAUAACACGGGAUCUUUGUAAUGGUACGGCACAGUGGUUUGCCUCCCACGGCACUAUUUACUAGCGUAAGAAAAACACGCGGUAUACCGCGUGGAAAAAAUGCAAGCGUAAACACAUGUUGUCAAACACAUGUGGAUGCCAUCUACCGGUUGCAGCGUGAAAGUAUCGCGUAGAGCGAAUACCGAAAUUCUGAAGUUAUUGUAGAACAAGGAUUGGUCAGAUUCGCAGGUCUUUUGUUCAGUUUGAAGACUGAAGAUGUAUAGUAAAUUUUUACAAAUUCUUUUCUCUGAUGGCUUUUUUUCUCUUAUUUCAAAUAAGCUGACAACGGCGCUACCUGUUGGUUUCGCACAAAGAUAUCCAAAGAUGUAUUCUGUUUGCAAACAUUGUCUGUUAUUUGUUCAACUGAAGGAAAGAGCGGAGAUAAAAUUAAAAAAUAAAAACAAAACAAAAUAUCCAUUGAGACUUUCGCAGAAGCAACUGAAUGCACUUCAACUUAAGCAAGUAUGUAAGAGUAAGAAGGUCUUUGGUCUGAGAAGUAAACAAAGUAUAUAGAUGAUAUUGCUAAGAACUGGAGAUUAAAGUGAGAUGUAGAGCAGAAAAUCUUACGUUAGGCGUAGGAACCGUCAAAGCAGCCACUGAAAGACAAUAAUUGAUAAAGUGAUUUGCAAAAUAAUUGUGGUGUACUACACACGGUUGUUGUUCCGCAUAUGCAAUUGAUUUGACCGUAAUCGGAUUUGUUACAGAACUAGUCAGUUAUAAAAUGACUUCCAGAGGCCAGGUGGAAACUGAGAAGUUGAAACAAAACUUGGAAGCACAGUUAGAAAGACUGGUGCAGCAGCUUGCUGAUCUAGAGGAAUGCAGGGACGAGCUGGAUGCUGCCGAGUACGAGGAGACGAAGGAGGAGACGAUGGAGCAGUUGCGUGAGUUCAAUGCGUCCCUCUCCAAGAUGAUUUCAGGAGACAUGACUCUCGUGGACGCACUUGCCUCCAUGCAGCUGGCGACCCAGGCGGCAAUAAGCUCGGCUUUCCGCACCCCCGAGGUAAUCCGGAUGUUCGCACGGCGCGAGCCCGCGCAGCUGCGGGAGCGCCUCCGAGAGAUCGAGUCGCGUGUGCCAGAGGCCACCGGUGAGAAGCGCGAGAUCCUGUCGGCACUGCGGCAGCUGGGGGAGCGACUGUCGACACAGGAGCUGCAAUUCUUGGCAGAGGCGGGAGCGCAGGGACCGCCGCCCCCGUCCGCCCGCCACCAAUUCGACCUGCUGCCGCAGGACGGCUCCGGUGGCAGCGAUUCGAGUCGACAGCGUGCCCUGGACAUGGUGGGCUCCGAAGUGCGGGCCGUCGCCAGGUCCUGAUGUUGCACUCCGGAUACCGUUUCUGGGAUGGCGUCACAGAGGGAGACGUGUUUAGUGACUGCCGUCGUCAGAUACGUCGAAUGCUGUGCCCCACUGUGCCGUUCUGUUCCCAAACAUUGGGAGGCAUCUGCGAAGCCGGGAACUGGGCGGAUUCUUUUUGUUUGUACAAAAAUGUUCUGUCAGCACACAAGGUGCUGAGACAGACCAAGAUAGGAGUCCCACACCAGGUGCCUGCAAUAAAGUAAUGGAAACCAC